UUGGAAGGAGUAUCCAGCUGUGGGAAGUGAUGUGCCAGCCCCAGCCACUGCUGCUGGCCCUGCUGCUCCUGCUGUCCUGCCCAUGGGCCACUGCCAGUGCUCUACGGGAUCAGAUUGUGGGGGGCCAUGAGGCUCAGCCCCACUCCCACCCUUACAUGGCAUACCUGAAGGUAGGGACAUUUUCCUGUGGAGGCUUCCUGGUAGCCCCUGACUGGGUGAUGACAGCCGCACACUGCAUGGGGAAUGCAACAGUCAUCCUGGGGGCUCACAACAUCCUUGUGCCAGAAACGACCCAGCAGAUCCGGGGAGUUGUCAGAUACCACCAGCACCCUGAAUAUGACCCGAACACUGUGUCUAAUGACAUCAUGCUGCUCAAGCUGACAGCGAAGGCCACUCUCAAUGACUAUGUGACGACCAUUCCACUGCCCAAGACCAGCAGUGACCUCCCCACGGGCACCAAGUGCAGCAUAGCCGGCUGGGGCAUGAUCGAUAACGACCAGGCAACCAACAAGCUCUUUGAAACCAAAGUCUCCAUCUACAACCGCAGGAAAUGCAUCCACUUCUAUCCACAUCUCAACACUGGCAUGGUCUGUGCCGGCAGCUUCCAUGACCUCAGGGAUUCCAGCCAGGGAGAUUCUGGUGGGCCCCUGGUAUGUAAUAAGGUGGCACAAGGCAUCGUGUCCUUUGGGCAUGACACCCCACCCGGCGUCUACACCCGCAUCUCCAACUACUUGCCCUGGAUCAAAAAAAUCAUGAAGAAGAAGUAGCAGCAGCAGCACUUGCUCCAGCGUUGAUGUGGCCCUGGAGACUGUGCUGCUUUCCUCCCUGCCCCUGCUGAAGGCUUGACUCCCUCCCCUCCUCAGGAACCCGAGUGACAUCCUUGGUGCCUCAGGGGUCCCCUUCUUUCUGUGCUGAGGCUGCUGGCUAUCCCAUUCGAUGCCCAUCUCAGGCAGCCAGUUCAGGGCCAUGUUAAACUGCCUGGCGGAAGAAGGGACCAUCCUGGGUGGCACCAGAGAAAAGCUGUGCGACAAGACUCCAUUUCCUUCUGAGCUAACGCUGUCCCUGCUUGAACCUUGCUGCACUUAAA